AUGUUUUCUAACCUCAUUGGUCACACUCUGGCCUUUCUCCCUCAAGGGAACUCUAACAAUCACAUCGGUACUGACGUUGGCGACUUCGAUCAUACCCCUCCUCCGAGUUCACGUGUAUCCGUGGACAUGCCAAGAAGCGAGGAUAUGGGACCAGAGGCUAUCAAAGAGUUGAGAAAAAAACACGACACCGCACCUCUUGGGCAUCUUAAAUCACCAUUGACCGAUUCAGAAGUUUCUGGCACAAAUAAGUGGACUCCUCUUACAAAGACUCAGCAAUCCGAACACUCGGCAGAAACAAUAAAUACUCUGGGCGCUAUACCUGCCCCCCUUUACCUCAAAACUUCUUUAUCACAGGAUGGGAUGACAAUACAGCACAGUCCUCUAGAAUCUUCUGUGAGAGGCCAGAAUGAUCACCAAGUUGAAGAUGUUUCAGGGACUACAGGGAUUCUGUGCGCCGAUAAUGACCUAGAGUCAUCACCAGGGGAAAUUGGCCAGCGGCCAACCUUGGAACAGAACCCGCCUAGAUCAAGGGGUAUCUUAUCGAAUAAAGACUAG